UAUCUUUCAAAGCGAACUAGCAAAGCCAUGAGCUUUGGGUCAUGGUUACCUGCUGGCCAUGUUUUCCACUCAAAUUUCGAUCCGACUUGGACAAUGCCUAUCGCCGAGACUUGAUUACCACCCCAUUUGGACAAAGAAUGAGCUACAUGGAUGACUGUUUUGCCGGUGCCCCGCAGGACUUCCUUGUCUGCAUCACCAUCCACAAGGCCAUCGAAGUGGGCGUAUCUACCGGAGAUCUAUACGUGCGUAUUAGCAUGGAAAAGAUGACCAAGAGCACUAGGUCGUACCCCAAUACGGAGAAUCCGUUCUUCAACGAGUACUUUGUUUUCGAGUUCCACUGCACUCUGGCCGAGCUUCUUCGGCUGACAAUCCUCUUCGAGAUGAAGAAGCACAUGACCUAUAAGAAGAACGUAGUGGUGAGCGAACUGAUGGUGGAUCUCCACAGCGUAUGGAAUCAAGUCAAUCAUGGUUACUUCAAGAAGUGGGGUCGCCUAGAGGCACCCAUCGAGGAUAAUCCUACCCAGGAAGCGGCCGUCACCACCUACGGCUACCUGCAACUCGAUAUAGCUAUCGUGUCCCAGCACAGUGCCGUGGUCAAUAGCGGUCUGCGACCGGAGAAGCAGGAUACCCAAACGAUGAACAAGUAUGCAGUGGACCACGACUUCGAUGAUGUCGAGAAAAAUCUGAUGACAAAUGCUACCUCAAUGGCUCCCAGCAACAUCCGCUACUUCAUCGCCUUCUACCGGGGCUACUUCAUCCGGCAGAGCAGCUACAUGAUCCAAUACAGAUUCUAUCCUUUCAAGGGCAAAACUCCGGUGGCCAAGAGUACGACGACGCCAGUAUGGAAUCACGAGAUUUACUUUGCCUGGAUGUAUCCCUCGGUUGCCCAGCGCCUCCUCAUCCUUAUUUUAGCCCACGAGAAUCUGCAGUGGAAGUGUGUAGCCGAGUUUGAGUUGUCCCUCGAAGAGAUCGCUUUCAAAGGAAUUCCAUCUUUGGGACCCACUUACAUUCACCUUUACGACCCCAUCAAUCCAAUGAUGUAUGUGGGUCGUGUCCUGAUAGAACUUCGCUCUGAGAUGCUGGUUGAAGCCCAACCCAGUCAUGUGUUGUCCUCGAAGACUUUGGUGGGCCUAGAUGAGUCACGUUACUGGCACGACGAAGUCUACCUGGUGGAGUUUCUCCCGUUGAUGGGUCAACACAUUCAGACCUCGGAAAAUGAAUACAAGAUCUCGGCGUGGCUGGCCGAGCACAGCUCCAAUGUGCUGAAAGGACAGCUAAGGACGCCAUCGGGUCGCUUUAUAUCCGCCUUGCACUCCAAGAGUUUCCGCCGGCAGACUCCUUUCCGGUCCUGCAUGUUUCGCGUCCGUUUGCCGGAUAAUCGAGCCAAGUAUGAGAGUGAUUUCUUUAUGCUGGGUGUGAUCAACUUUAUGCACUCUGAGUUGGAUAUCUUCAAGAUAUUCCAGAUAAAGUAUCCGCUGCAGGAGGAGGAGCAGGCCAAGUGCCUAAGGGCCAUUUUAGGUAAAAUUCUCACCAGGAUUAAGGAGGGUCUGGAUGCCCAUCGCUUCGACCACGAGGUGAAGCCGCAGCGAACCACCUGGGACAUCAAUCGGCAGCUUUAUCUGCUGGAUUACUUUGUCAAGUUGCCCCAGAAGCUGCAUCAGCUGAGGCAGCGAUUGCGCAGCUGCUACUUGGAGCACCUGGCCCCCACCAUGGCGGAUGUGGUCAGUGAGCUGCAGCGCCUGGUGGCCGAGAUUAGUGCCUUGUGCAACAUGGCACGCCUGCAGGACGAGUGGCCGGAGUUGGUUCUGUCCCUCAGUGCGGGAGGGAAAGAACUGGGAAGGUGUCGCCUGAAUGCCAAACUCUUUCUCCAUCUGCAACAGCAGGACCUACCGCAGCAGCAGGAGACGCUCUCCUGGCGACUAAGGAGUUUUCCCUUCAAGGCCUCCACUUGCACCCACACCUGUCCCAAUUGUGGUUGCACCACUGCCAUCAUUUCGGGAUGCCUUUCCAUUGUUGUGGAACGCGAGCGGAAGGAGUUUCUCGCCACGAUCAAGUCGGAUUGGACCAGUGUCGAGCCCAUGUUGUGGCAGCCAACCACAGAACAGACGCACUUCAUCUGCCACGUUUAUGUACAUCAGGCAAAGAUUCGUCCUGGGGGCGAGAAGAAAAGCGUCGUCGACUCCCACCUGAGGAUAAUGUUUGCAGAGCAGGCCGGCGAAACAUACAGAGCACCUGGGACACUAACUCCCAUUUGGAAUACGGUGAUAACUUUCAAAUCCCUUUCUCUUCCCGGGAGCGUCAAUCUUUAUGCGAAAAAUCCUCCCCUGCUCUCGUUGGAGUUUUUAACAUCGGAAAAGAUCAUCUCCGAUGAUUUCGUGGGCAUGGGCUGCGUGGCAGCCAGCGUCAUCAGGGAGGAUCGAGCCACCGGCUCCAAUUGGGAGGACACAGGGAGUCAUUGGUGGUCUACAAAUCCUGACAAGAAUUUACAGAAGCUGAAACACUUGACUCCACCGCCGCUCAAAUGGGUGCCAAUCUCCAGGAAGGGUUCCGUUCAGGCCGAAGUGCUAAUGUCAGCGGAGCUCAUCGAAAUAUCUCAAGAGGCCAGUAUGCAGGAUGUGCGCAAGGAGCCACAGCUGGCCACGGGAAUUCCUGCGGCCAUCAAACCAAACAUGCAGAAUUUUAUCCUGGAGGUAUUCUUUGUGGGAUUACGGAACUACAACAAGAGCAGCAUGAGUUCGGCGGGCAAGAGAAAGAUCAGGGUGAUGAUGGGUGACCUGGUCUUGACCAGUGGACCCUCCAUGGCUCGCGUACGGAACACAAUCAAUUUUCUGGUGGCCUAUGCCUCGGGUGUAGUGAGCCUGCCCGACCAGCAGGAGUAUUGGCCACCCAUCAUAGCCACCGACGUGCUGCUCUCCGGCUUCAACAGUGAGUCCACCUUGGGCGCUGCUCUUAUUCCCAACUCGACGAGUUUCCUUCAACGCGACAAGACGCUCAGGUGUGUGUCCUCCGCAAGGAGGCAGACUUCCAGCGCUACCUCCACCACGGUCACGGUCACGGAUGUAGACGAGGAGAAGGAGGAAGAGACGGAGGAUGAAGCCGAGCUGGAAUGGGAGGAGGAGGGCCCGCCAGCUAGAAUCACCAGCUGGUGGAGAAGACUGUUGCUUAUUAUGGGACUGCGGACGGCUGAUUACGCCAACCGGAAGGCGCUGGGGCACGAAAGUAACCUGAACGAAUCGGAGUCGAUGGAUGAGCGGGAGUACACCUGGUGGACCAAGUUCUACAACUCAAUGUACUGGAGUGCAGCGGAGAUGAACCAUGAGCACAAGCACCAGCUGGUCAUCUAUCCCAACGAGCUGGAGAAGCAGUCGCAGUUCGGUUACCUCCAGGACUGGGCCAUAGCAGUCCCGUUGGUCCACGGAGUCAAGUUCAAAAAGCAGGCUCCUCCGAGAGAGGAUGUCUAUGCCACAUUGAAGAUGCAGUUCAAGCUGACUCCUUGUCAGUGCUCGGUGCUAGAGGAUCCGGAAGCCGGUGGCGAUAUGAUACGCCCCAUGGCCAAUCCACUUAAGCAACGUGACCAGGCCGCGCUACGCGCACUCCAGGAGACGAUGAAGCUAAUUGUAAGAGUGUACAUAGUCCAGGGAAUCCAAAUUCGUCCUCGGGAUUUGAAAGGCGACUCUGAUUGCUACGUGAAGCUGUAUUUGGGUGGCAAAACGUAUUCCGAUCGCGCCAACUAUAGUCCCAAUCAUAGCAAUCCGGUUUUCGGACGUUUAUUCGAGCUGGAGGCUAGCCUUCCCGGCGAUCACAUGCUGCAAAUCGUUGUUCACGAUCAUGACAAGAUCAAGGAUGAGAUUAUUGGUCAUACGAUCAUUGAUUUGGAAGAUCGCUGGAGGACUCGGCAUCGGGCCACAGUGGGUUUGCCCAAUGAGUAUAGCAAGAGUGGCUAUAACCACUGGCAUGAUAAGAUUUUGCCUUCGGAGAUCCUCUUGGAUCUGUGUAAGAAAAAGGAAAUCCCGCCUCCUUAUUACUACGGUAAUGUCAUUGAAGUGGAUGGUAUUCUUUUCGGCGAUGAGACUGUAAUCUCAAAAGAUGAGCCCAUGUACGAACGCCUAAGCCUGGCGGUGCUCAAAAACCUGGAUAAGCUGCCUUCUUUGGGCUAUAAACUGGUGCCAGAGCAUGUGGAGACCAGAUCCCUUUAUCGUGAUGAUUAUCCAAAUGUUGAACAGGGUAAACUGCAGCUGUGGAUCGAGCUGUUUGAGGCGAACAUCUAUGUUCCGAAUGCCAUCGACAUAACACCGGUGCCGCCUGCGUAUUUCGAGGUGCGUGUUGUGGUCAAGAAGCUGACUGGCAUCCAGGCCGGAGAUAGGAACAUUUUCGGAAAACUAAUGAGCGACAUAUACGUGAUAGGAUGGUGCGAGGACGAGGACAAGGAGCAAUCUACCGAUAUCCAUUACCGCUCAUUUGCGGGCGAUGCGGCCUUUAAUUGGCGCAUGGUCUUCGGCAUGAAGUACUCCCCCAACGAGGACCUGAUGGUCAUAAGGCGCAAGGAGGGGCUGCGGGAGGAGAUCGAGUUGAAGAGGCCGCCAAUUAUCUAUCUGCAGGUGUGGGAUAAUGACGUAAUCACCCAGGAUGAGUAUCUGGCCUCCCUCGAGCUGAACCUGUCCAAUCUGCACGUUCCAUACAGAAACGCCCAGGCUUGCAAGCCGUUUCCCAAGAAACGAAAGCGCAUCAAUCUCUUCAAGCGCAAGGUCAUCUCCGGCUGGUUUCCCCUCGAGGGUAAUCCGUAUCCCGCGCAACCCAAGAGAGAAAAGGUCAAGACGGGCAAGAUUCAGUUACAGAUUGAGGUAUGCAACGAUAUGGAGGCUACCACCAGACCGGCUGGACUUGGUCAGGAUCCGCCAAUGGCUCUGGAAGCACCCUACCGGCCGGAUACCUCCUUCAAUCCCCUGACGAAUCCUUGGAAAUCCUUCAAGCACAUUCUCUGGCCCGCCAUCCGGAAAUAUGUCCUUUGGUCUGCACUUGUUUUAGCCGUUGUCCUGGGUCUGGUAGUCACCUUUUCCAGCCUGCCCGCCAAGCUCAUGGGCAUUCCAUUGAAGUGAUGUGUGUUUUUUUUAAGUGU